CCUGUCGGGAAGGUGCGGCAUUGGCGGUCUCUGGUGGGGAAAACCACCGGCUCCUUCUCUGGAAUAGCACGGAAAGCAGGUUGAGAGUGAGCCGAGCGGACAGUCCGGGACCGGCGGAUCGGUUCAGGCACUGCUCGGGGCAGCCCAGCACCAAGCCCCGCGCGCCGCGUGUGUGGGAGGACCCGGGGAAGGCGGGAGGCUGCUCGGCAAUGGCGGAUCUGGAGUACAGGCUGGCCGGGCAGUGAAGCGGCCGAAACAUCCGCCGCCAUCCGCGCUGCUCCCGUCGUCAACGCCGCUGAAUCUCCUCCAGCGGAGGCUGGGGGAGCCCCAUCCCCGAGGGCGAGGUGGGCCCGUCGGAUUAGCAGCGGCCGGCGGACUGAGGCGAAGUGAUCUCUGUCAUCACCAUGUUCCUUUAUAACCUCACGCUGCAGCGAGCCACUGGCAUCAGCUACGCGAUCCAUGGCAACUUUUCGGGUACCAAACAGCAAGAAAUUGUGGUUUCCCGAGGGAAGAUCUUGGAGCUGCUCCGCCCCGAUCCAAACACCGGGAAGGUCCACACCUUGCUGACGGUGGAAGUCUUUGGGAUCAUCCGCUCCCUCAUGGCCUUCCGGCUGACUGGGGGGACCAAAGACUACAUUGUGGUGGGCAGCGACUCCGGGCGCAUUGUCAUCCUGGAGUACCAGCCCUCCAAAAACCUCUUUGAGAAGAUUCACCAGGAGACCUUUGGCAAGAGCGGCUGCCGCAGGAUCGUCCCUGGGCAGUACCUGGCUGUGGAUCCGAAGGGGCGAGCGGUCAUGAUCAGUGCCAUCGAGAAACAGAAGCUAGUAUACAUUCUGAACAGAGAUGCUGCAGCCCGACUCACCAUUUCUUCCCCGUUAGAAGCCCACAAGGCCAACACCUUGGUUUACCAUGUGGUCGGAGUAGAUGUGGGGUUUGAAAACCCCAUGUUUGCUUGCCUAGAAAUGGAUUAUGAGGAAGCUGACAAUGAUCCCACGGGAGAAGCGGUAGCCAACACUCAGCAAACGUUGACAUUUUACGAGCUGGACCUGGGCUUGAACCACGUGGUCAGGAAAUACAGCGAGCCCUUGGAGGAGCACGGCAACUUUCUCAUCACAGUUCCUGGAGGCUCCGAUGGUCCCAGUGGGGUGCUAAUCUGUUCUGAAAACUACAUCACCUACAAAAACUUUGGCGACCAACCAGAUAUUCGAUGUCCCAUUCCCAGGAGAAGGAACGACUUGGACGACCCUGAAAGGGGCAUGAUCUUUGUCUGCUCCGCGACGCACAAGACCAAGUCCAUGUUCUUCUUCUUGGCUCAGACAGAGCAGGGGGACAUCUUCAAAAUCACCUUGGAGACUGAGGACGACAUGGUCACAGAGAUUCGGCUCAAGUACUUUGACACAGUUCCUGUCGCUGCUGCCAUGUGUGUGCUGAAAACCGGAUUCCUCUUUGUGGCAUCUGAGUUUGGAAACCAUUACCUGUACCAAAUAGCUCACCUGGGAGACGAUGACGAGGAGCCCGAGUUCUCCUCUGCGAUGCCCCUGGAGGAAGGGGACACUUUCUUCUUCCAGCCGCGGCCUCUGAAGAACCUGGUGCUGGUGGAUGAGCUGGACAGCCUGUCUCCUAUCUUGUGCUGCCAGAUAGCGGAUCUCGCUAACGAAGAUACCCCCCAGCUCUAUGUGGCCUGUGGAAGGGGGCCUCGGUCAUCUCUGCGGGUCCUCAGGCACGGGCUUGAGGUAUCUGAAAUGGCCGUCUCGGAGCUGCCUGGUAACCCCAACGCUGUCUGGACAGUGAGGAGACAUGUUGAAGAUGAGUUUGAUGCCUACAUCAUUGUGUCCUUCGUCAACGCCACCCUGGUGCUCUCUAUUGGAGAAACGGUAGAGGAAGUGACGGACUCUGGGUUUCUGGGUACCACGCCCACUCUGUCCUGCUCACUGUUGGGUGAUGAUGCUUUGGUGCAGGUUUAUCCCGAUGGCAUCCGGCACAUCCGAGCAGAUAAGAGAGUGAAUGAGUGGAAAACACCAGGGAAGAAAACCAUUGUCAAGUGUGCUGUGAACCAGAGGCAGGUGGUGAUCGCCCUGACGGGAGGAGAACUGGUCUACUUCGAGAUGGACCCAUCUGGGCAGCUGAACGAAUACACGGAGAGGAAGGAGAUGUCGGCCGACGUCGUGUGCAUGAGCCUGGCCAACGUUCCCCCUGGAGAGCAGCGCUCCCGUUUCCUGGCCGUGGGGCUGGUGGACAACACCGUCCGCAUCAUUUCGCUCGACCCCUCCGACUGCCUCCAGCCGCUGAGCAUGCAGGCUCUUCCUGCCCAGCCGGAGUCCUUGUGCAUUGUGGAAAUGGGCGGCGCUGAGAAGCAGGACGAGCUGGGAGAGCGGGGCUCCGUCGGCUUCUUGUACUUGAACAUUGGCCUGCAGAACGGUGUGCUUCUGCGGACGGUCCUUGACCCGGUCACCGGAGACCUCUCGGAUACAAGGACCAGGUAUCUUGGCUCGCGCCCGGUGAAGCUCUUCCGCGUCCGGAUGCAGGGCCAAGAAGCGGUCCUGGCCAUGUCGAGUCGGUCGUGGCUGAGUUAUUCCUACCAGUCCCGCUUCCAUUUGACCCCGCUUUCCUACGAGACGCUGGAGUUUGCCUCUGGCUUUGCCUCUGAGCAGUGUCCGGAGGGCAUUGUCGCCAUCUCCACAAACACGCUGAGGAUUUUGGCGUUGGAGAAGCUUGGAGCUGUGUUCAACCAGGUUGCCUUCCCGCUGCAGUACACCCCCAGGAAAUUUGUGAUUCACCCUGAGAGCAAUAACCUGAUCAUCAUUGAGACUGACCACAAUGCUUAUACGGAGGCCACUAAAGCCCAAAGGAAGCAGCAGAUGGCGGAGGAAAUGGUGGAAGCCGCUGGGGAAGACGAGAGGGAGCUGGCCGCAGAGAUGGCAGCUGCAUUUCUCAAUGAGAACCUCCCUGAGUCCAUCUUUGGUGCCCCCAAGGCUGGGAACGGGCAGUGGGCCUCAGUGGUCAGGGUGAUGAACCCCAUCCAGGGCAACACUCUGGAUCUCGUCCAGCUGGAGCAGAACGAAGCCGCCUUCAGUGUGGCCGUGUGCCGAUUUGCCAACACUGCUGAUGACUGGCAUGUCCUGGUGGGAGUGGCCAAGGACCUCAUCCUGAAUCCACGCUCAGUCGCUGGAGGCUUCGUCUACACCUACAAGCUGGUGAACGGCGGCGAGAAGCUUGAGUUCCUGCACAAGACCCCCGUGGAGGAAGUGCCGGCAGCAAUUGCCCCCUUCCAGGGCCGCGUGCUGAUUGGCGUGGGGAAGUUGCUGCGGGUCUAUGAUCUGGGCAAGAAGAAGCUGCUCCGCAAGUGUGAGAACAAGCACAUUGCCAACUACAUCAGCGGGAUCCAGACCAUCGGGCACAGGGUGAUUGUCUCCGAUGUCCAGGAGAGCUUCAUCUGGGUGCGCUACAAGAGGCACGAGAACCAGCUCAUCAUCUUUGCCGACGACACACACCCCCGCUGGGUCACCACUGCCUGCCUCCUGGACUAUGACACGGUGGCCGGAGCCGACAAGUUUGGCAACAUCUGUGUGGUGAGGCUGCCUCCCAACACAAACGACGAGGUUGACGAGGACCCAACGGGCAACAAGGCUCUGUGGGACAGAGGACUGCUCAAUGGUGCCUCCCAGAAGGCAGAGGUGAUCAUGAACUACCACGUCGGAGAAACGGUGCUGUCGCUGCAGAAGACGACUCUGAUCCCCGGGGGCUCCGAGUCGCUCGUCUACACCACCCUGUCGGGAGGCAUUGGCAUCCUGGUCCCCUUCACAUCGCACGAGGAUCACGACUUCUUCCAGCACGUGGAGAUGCACCUCCGGUCGGAGCACCCUCCUCUCUGCGGGCGGGACCACCUCAGUUUCCGCUCCUACUACUUCCCUGUCAAGAACGUCAUUGACGGGGACCUGUGUGAGCAGUUCAACUCCAUGGAACCCAACAAGCAGAAGAACGUCUCGGAAGAGCUGGACAGGACCCCGCCGGAGGUGUCCAAGAAGCUGGAGGACAUCCGCACCCGCUAUGCCUUCUGAGCAGGCGCCAUGCGGGGACCUGGCCAGGACUCUGUUGCUCCCAAGAGGCCCUCUUGCAGCUCUGCUUGGCUUGGCCCCCUUCUGGCUCCCGGGCCUUGCAGGCCAGAUUGGGCCCAAGCUCUCUUGCCCAUACUGUUCCGGGGCCAGGCCUGCCUCCCCGAAGGGGGGCUGCUGUACCCCUGGCCAAGCUGCCUCUUGCCCCGCCACGCCUUCCCUUGACUGCUCUGGACAGCGCCCUUGCUGAGCGCUGGGGUGGGGGGGGGAGGGUUGGAGGGGCCCUUUAGGUUUGGUGGCUCGGCUCUAUCCCACGCCACUCCGGCCCGUAUUUGGAAAGCCCUUGUAGGCGUGGCUGUGAUGAGUUCUCCAUUGUGCUGUUUUUACCUGCCUGUUGUAAAUAGAGUCUUGUACAAUGUUCGCCCUUCUCUGCGGCAGAUGCUGUGCCUGGGCUUGAAUUUUUCAUAAAACUUGGGGCAUAUAAAUUAAAGCCUGGUAGAUGAA